AUGUUCAUUAUUGAAGUUUAGAAAACGAAUGAUUGCGGUAAAGUACAGGUGACCGGCGAAAUUGUACGGCCGAAGUAUUAUCGAAUUAAUGCGACAUUUAUUUCAGAAAGAGAUCCAAUUCGAAAUGUUAAAGUUGAUGCGACAUCAACAGUUUAUGCAGUUGUACAAAUUGGUCUACGUGGUGGCAUUUUUCAAUAUACGAAUGCAUUGAAAAUACUUGGAAAACCAUCGCAAACGUUAUCCUUUGAUGAAGCAUUCUUCUGCUAUCGGGGUUCCACACUCAUCGAUCAGGAUAAAUGCAGUAAGGAUGAUUUCUCGAGUAAUUCUCGAGCUACUACAUCACCACCACUACCAUCACCAUCAUCCCAAACAUCAUCAAAUCCCGUUAAAUCUCAGGAUUUGACAACCUCAUCACACAUAUCCACAUUCAUCUCACAUAAUUCUGCCACUAUCACUACUCCAAUCAAAUCUUCCACUAUUAUUGAAAGCAAAAAUAUUAAUAAUUCAACGGAAAAAAAUUAA